AUGCGGUUUCCCAUUGCUUUGCUCUUACUUGGCUCUGCUUCGAUUGUCGUAGGCCAGAGCGACUCAGCUCCACAACCGAAACUGGAAGACAUUGCCUACUGGGGCAGUGCAUGUCCUGAUGGGGGGUUAAGCAUGGUUGUUGGGCCAGUGAACCCAACAACAAAUAGUGCUUUGCUCACUUUCACUCUCUCCAACUUUCUACCAACGCUAGAGGGCCCAUUUGGAUCUUCGCUCAGAAUGUGCAACAUUGUAAGCCACGUCACUGUUGAAAAAGGCUGGAAGAUGAAGAUCAAUUCGCGAGGUACUACCGCGCAAGGAAACGCGGUCCUACCGGGCAAUGCGACUAUGUUCUUUCGAAGCACAUACUUCUUUGCCGAAAUAGCAGAGACACAGAGCAUCGGAAUGCUCGAUGUUCCGGGGCCACUCUCUGGGCCCUUCGCGAAACUCCUCACACCAUCAGACGGCGAUGCAGGCAUAGUGGCACCCUGCACUGGCAGUGAACUAGACAUAGAGUUUCAAGCGCGAGCGGUCAAAGAUGAGACGUUGAAGGCACUGCGUAGGAGAGCUUCUAAUGAGACGACUUGGACUCUCAGCACAGAUGUGGAGAUUUUACGGUGCUGA